GUUGCCGAGUCCAUUGCAUCUCAUUAUCUCUGACUUCAACCUCUCUCUCUCUCUUUCUCUUUCUCUUUUUCUCUCUUUCUCUCUUUCUCUCUUCACAUCUUCCUCUAACAAUUCAUAGCCAGAACUAUAUAGGACUCUUCUUUCAUACUCAUUCAACCACUUUCUUUCUUUCUUUCUUCUUUAUUUCACCCUUUUCUCAUUCAUUCUAUAACCAAACUCACUCACUCACACACACACACAUGGAAGAACCUACCUCCAAUCAUGACUCAGUUACACAUUCUUCUCCAAUCAUGUUGUUUGAUGGGAAAACACUGGUCAUGGAUGAGAUGGAUUUCUUUGCAGACAAUAACAACAACAACAAAAAGAACAAAAAUGUAUUUCAUGACGAUGAAAUGCUGCACCAAAUGGAGCUUCAUGUCGAUACUAGUUUGGAUCUCCUUACCAAGAGUUCUCCUACCGAUAGAUCGAUUAUGGGAGAAGGAUCAUCGGAGGCAAAGGGUAAUAAAAGAGAUGAUAAGUUUGCAGCUAUGCUAGCUGAAUUGCACCACAUGAAUGCUGAAAAUCAACGCUUGAGAGAUGAGGUUGAUCAGGUGAACGAUAAGUACCAUGCUUUACAUGAUCAACUUGUCAAACAGAUGGAGAAACAACGUAAGAAUGAGGGUAAGAAAGUUGAUAUGAUUUCAAGGCCAUUCUUGGAUAUUGGAGUUGCUACGAAGGAAGAGAAUUCGCAGCAAUAUUCGAAGGGAAAACUGCAAGAGAGCAAAAGCACGAUGGACAUGAUUGAGAGCAAGAAGCAGAAGAUUUGCACUAAUAGAGAAGUUACUGAGUUGGAGGCACCUGAGAAAGCUAUUCCAAGGUGGCUCUCGAACGAAGUCACAACAAGAUCGAGUUCUUUCAAUGUUGAUGAAGCAUCAGAAACCAUGUCAAUGAUCAAGAAAGCUCGAGUAUCAGUUCGUGCAAGAUCUGUUUCUUCUAUGAUUUCUGAUGGAUGCCAAUGGAGAAAGUAUGGGCAGAAGAUGGCUAAAGGGAAUCCAUGUCCAAGAGCUUAUUAUCGUUGUUCAAUGGGGACUGGUUGCCCAGUUCGGAAACAAGUGCAAAGGAGUGCAGAAGAUCAAAGUGUGUUGAUCACAACAUACGAAGGACAACAUAGUCAUGUUCUUCCUCCAGCAGCCAAAGCCAUGGCAUCCACAACAUCUGCAGCUGCAUCAAUGCUUCUUUCAGGAUCAAUGCCAAGUUCAGAUGGCCUUCUACACCCAAACAUCUUAGAAUCUGCAACACUUCCAUUCUCACAUAACUUAGCAACCCUUUCAGCUUCAGCUCCAUUUCCCACUAUCACUUUGGAUCUCACUCAAACUCCCACCAAUAACAACACUUCCUCACAGCAACAUCCACCACAGGAUUACCAACUCAGCCUACUUUCACCACUUUUCGCACCAAAUUUUUUUCACCAAACUAAGCUUUCUACCUUGCAUGCCUCUCAGGGCACAGAAACUGCUUCAUUUGCUGACACAGUCAAUGCAGCAACAGCUGCUAUCACCACAGACCCCAAGUUCAGUGCAGCUCUCAUGGCAGCCAUAACAUCUAUCAUUGGAAGUUCACACCCAGUGGAGACUCAGCAUUGCAAUAACAAACAAGAGUAGUUAUUAAUUGUAAUUGUUAGUGUUUUGGAAUCAUUUUCAUAUUGUGUAAGGUAGAAAUUGAAUUUCAUAGUUAUGCAUUUGCAACAAAAAAAAUGAUAAAAAAAGAGCAUUUCAUCAUAAGGCUAAUGAUUACUGAGAUCUCGUUACUCCAAGAACAAUGAAGCACUGCUGAAUGCCUUGUUGAAGAAAUCGUCUUUUAAGAAAAUCACUUUGUGAUGAUUAAGAAGUGUUCUGAUACUUCAAAAACACUUCUCUUUAGUUGUUACAAAGGUGUCACAUUGACAUUCAGAAAAUUUUCUAACAGUACCAGAUGCGAGACUUUUAAUGUACAAUUGACUGUAAACUUCAGCAGUCAAAUUUAGAUAUUUGUCAUGAGAGAUGAGUAUUGAUGUACUGUGUGAAUUGUGCAAGAGAGUGACUUGAGGGAGGGUUGAAUAAAUUUUUUGUUUUCUUA